AAAUGGAAACAAAACGUAUUAAAAUUGAAGAUUUUUGUGUUUCUCUUAAUCAUUUACCAUUAAAUAUCUUAUAUAAGAUACUGGGCUAUCUGCCACUAUGUGAUCAAAGGAACUUGACAUCAGUUAAUCAGUUUUUUCAUUCAAUAGUUUCACAACUUUUAAAAGACCGAACAUAUUUAUACAUUUCAAAGCAAAAAGAGGCUAAUUUGAACGAUAUCCAGAUUAUUAGAAGACAAUUCAGUGAGAUUUUCUUUCAUGGAAACUUGGAGAAAAACACAAUUGAGGAAGUUCUCAAAAAAUUCGGACAGAAUGCAAAGAAAAUUCAGUUUGGGAAAAAUGACUUAAGGUUCAUCAAAAUUAGUCCAUUAGAUAUGAUAUCAUGGCUAAGGAAUAUUCAGGAAACGAUUCAUCUUAAUACAUUAAAUAUUAAAAUGGAUGGAACAGCAACAACAAAUGAAACAGUUACUUUAUUGCAAUUAAAGAAGCUUAGAUGCUGCGAUACAUUUUUAUCAGUAUUAGAUACACCUAAACUUGAAGACAUUCAAAUAUUUUCUACAGACCGGCUUAAGAAACAGAACCUGGAAAACAUCAAUAACUUCUUAGUUCGUCAUCACUCGAUAAAGAAGUUCUCAUUCCGAAUAUUUUGUGGAGUGGAUAUAGAGAUUCAGGAUAUUGAUUUUCAAUUAAAUCACCUGAAUUUGACACAUUUGAAAUUAAGCGAAUUUCGCUACAAUCCUAAAUCAGUAGUUGACAUUCUUCAGAAUCAAAAGAAUUUGUUCAAGCUUCAUCUUGAGGAUGGCUACUUAACACAAGAAGAUAUUAUCUGGUCUCGUCAAUAUGAGCCAAUAUUUCAUGAGAUUUUAAAUUUAAAAAAAAUUAAUAAGCUUGUUGUAGAAAUACCGUCUCUAAAGCUAGUUCGCAAUUUAAGGAAAAUGACAAAUUUGAAGAGGUUGCAUAUGAAUGCAAUAACAUUGGAUGUUCUAAAUGAAUUUUUAAGAACUGAUUAUCCUCAUUUAAGUAAAUUGUGUUUAGAGGGUAUAGAUUUUGGCACAAGAGGACUUAAAAAAGAAGAUAUUUGGUUAUUAAGCCAAAACUUUAAAAAUCUUACUCAUUUGAAAUUUGAUUCUGUGCCUUUAUCUGUAAUUGAUUGCAUGGUGAAGAAUAUGGAGAACUUAAAAGUCAUUAAGAUCAUUAGAAAUGCAAAGCUUCUGAGCAAAAUGAAAUCCCUUAAAGAUGACAAUCUACAAAUCAUCGAAACUCGUCUUGAAAAGAUUAUAUGUGAGCAGGAAGACUUUAGGACCAGAAUUUUACCAAUUAUCAAAAUAUCACCAAACUUAAGAGAAGUUAAAAUUUAUUGGAACAACAAGCAGACGCCAAUAAUGACAAUUAUCUUCGAUAUCCUUGAGAAAUGCUUACAAAUUGAUCAGAUUGAAUUCAAAUAUAAUGGAUUAUAUGCCAAAGAUAAUGCUAUACUUUUUAGCUCGCACUUUAAUUUCUCACUUAAUAACCGACACUAUCAAGUUAUGAUUUGUCGAAAGACUGGAAAGAUUUUGUGCUCGAAAUUUUAG